AUGCCCAAGAGAAAGGCUGAAGGGGAUGCUAAAGGAGAUAAAGCCAAGGUGAAGGACGAACCACAGAGAAGAUCUGCAAGGUUAUCAGCUAAACCUGCUCCUCCAAAGCCAGAGCCCAAGCCUAAAAAGGCCCCUGCAAAGAAGGGAGAGAAGGUACCGAAAGGGAAAAAGGGGAAAGCUGAUGCUGGCAAAGAUGGGAAUAAUCCUGCAGAAAAUGGAGAUGCCAAAACAGACCAGGCACAGAAAGCUGAAGGUGCUGGAGAUGCCAAGUGA